CAGGCGCCUAAGAUGGCUGCCGCGCCUGCGGCUCGCCCGUGAAGGCCGGCGAGGCGCCCCCGGGCAGGUAUGGAGCCGCCUCCCGUCCCGGCCGCCGCCGCCGCCGCCGCCAGCCCCGAGCGCCUCUUCGACUCCCACCGGCUGCCGAGCGACGGGCCGCUGCCGGUGCUGCUGGCGCUGCUGCUCUAUGCGCCGGUGGGGCUGUGCCUGCUGCUGGUGCGGCUCUUCGUGGGGCUGCACGUCUUCCUGGUCAGCUGUGCGCUCCCGGACGGCGCCCCGCGCAGGUUCCUGGUGCGCGCCAUGUGCUCCGUGCUGGGCCUCUUCGUGUGGCAGAGCCGGCCGCGCAGCGCCCGCGCCCGCGUCCUGGUGGCCAACCACGUCACGCCCUUCGACCACAACGUCCUGGGCCUGCUGGCCUCCUGCAGCGCGCCCGUGCUGAACGGCGCCGCCGGCUUCCUCUGCUGGUCCCGCGGCUUCCUGGAGGUGGCCGGCGCCGAGAGCCGCGCGGAGCUGCUGGAGUCGCUGAAGGGCUACUGCUUGCAGGGCGGCAAUCCGCCGCUGCUGCUCUUCCCCGAGGAGGAGACCACCAACGGCCGGGUGGGCCUGCUGCGUUUCAGCUCCUGGCCCUUCUCCAUCGUGGACGCGGUGCAGCCGUUGGCUCUGCAGGUCUGGAGGCCCUUCGUGGCUGUGAGCGUGGCUGGCGCUUCCUGGUUCACUGAGCUGCUCUGGACUUUCUUCGUUCCUUUCACCGUUUAUCAAGUAAGGUGGCUUCCCUCUGUGUACAGAGAAGCCGAGGAGACCCAGGAAGAGUUUGCCCUGCGAGUUCAAGAGCUUCUAGCUCUGGAGUUGGGCGUGGUGUCUACGUGCCUCACAGCCGCUGACAAAGCAGAGCACCUGAAGCGUCUCCGCCACCACCCUCCAGCUUCCCGUCCUCCCCCACCUUCAAGCCAACCCUCUGGGAGUCGACCCCAAGUCUCACGCAGCAUGCCCUCCCCGGAGAAUGUACGCUUGAUAGGCAUGGCCCAGCGUGUCCAAGAAGUUCUACCCCAGGUGCCCAUGUCAGCUAUCCGCAAAGACCUAGCUCAGACUAACUGCGUGGACACCACAAUUGCCAAUCUUUUGGAGGGGCGGGUUCCCUUCGUACCAGAGGCAGAGACCGAAGGCUUUGUGGCUGCAGCUCCCUCUUUCUACGGUGCUCAGGAUCCUUCCACCUCCCGAAUAGCCCCGGCAUCGGGGAAGCUCUUUGCCAGAUCUGCGGAAGCCAGACAACUCUCUCUCCAGGAACGGAAGCAAGCGCUCUGGGACUACGCCAGAAGGAGAUACACAGAGAAAUAUGGAAUAGCCCACGCGGAGGGCAGCUGCUGACCAGCUCCUUAGCUUGAACUUGUGGCUCGGUAGACAAAUGAUCUUUGCAGGGGAUCACUGCUGUCCUGGGGCGACCAAGGUGGUGGCUCUUGAGAAGUAUUGUGUGUGCCAUCCAUGGGCUGCCUCUGCAGGUGGGGAGGCUGCAGCCAAGCACAGUGUGCCAGCAUUCCCGCGUUCCCCACCACCAUGCCUGGACCCGGCAUUGUCAGAGUCUCUGCCCAGCGUGGGGGGAGGAGGGGUCUUUAUGAAAAUAAACACGACUCUUAAUGCUC